CUACGCGUAAUGAUGAACCUAACUCAAUUUCGAUAACCUCUACUGAGGCAUCCAAAUGUUGAACGGAAAAGAAGAGCCUAAGCAGAAGAAAGGUUGGUCAGAGUCACUGCUAGAAUUUCGGUCAGGGUUUGGGGAAAAGAUGAAAGUUGUAUCGAAGAAACGUUGGAAAUCUCUUGGACCUCUUCAUCUGAAAAGCAAAUCAGUCGCACGGUUUUGCUUCUUUUCGAAAUUGAAGUCAAACAACCAUGGUCCAGGCCGCGCACCAGUCUAUCUCAAUGUUUAUGACUUGACUCCUAUUAACGGAUAUAUCUAUUGGGCAGGCCUUGGUAUAUUUCACUCUGGUGUAGAAGUUCAUGGAGUAGAAUAUGCUUUUGGUGCCCAUGAUUAUGCAACGAGUGGUGUUUUUGAGGUGGAACCACGGCAGUGCCCGGGUUUCAAGUUCAAGAAAUCGAUAUUCAUUGGAACCACAAAUUUAAACCCAACACAAGUGAGAGAGUUUAUGGAAGACAUGGCUUGCAGUUACUAUGGGAAUAUGUAUCACUUGAUUGUAAAGAACUGCAACCAUUUCUGCCAGGACGUUUGCUACAAACUUACCGGGAAAAAGAUCCCAAAAUGGGUGAAUCGGCUUGCAGAAAUAGGUUCUGUGUGCAGCUGCAUACUUCCCGAGUCCCUCAAGAUAACAGCGGUUUGCCAUGAUCCAGACGGGCAAAUUCAAGAGGAAGAAAACGAAAAGAGAAGUCUUAGAAGCUCAUUCAGCUGUUUAUCCUCCAUCUCCAUGAGACAAAGACAGCUUUCGACAUCAUCAUUGUUCCUACAAUCACCUCUCAGAGGCUGCUUACCUCCAUGGCAACUGAAACGCUCAAAAUCUAACAGCGGUUCCUUGAAAGAAAGGUAGACGUAUUCCAACCUAAACAAUCGUCGUUUCUCAUUCGUUUUCUUAGCACCACCACGCCCCCACGAUUUAUCUUUCUUCUAUCUUUGUAAGAGGAGUUCGAAAACAGAUUUCCCGGGCCAUCAUCAGUUUCUCUGUUUUCUUAUUUCAUUUUAACAGGCUUUCAUAAGCCAUUCUUCUUCUUCUCUCUGUUUGUAUUGCUUCCACAUUUGGAUCUUU